AUGCCGCUCUACUGGGGGGAACUGCCUGAAGGGAUGGGGUCAGAGCUUCUCGAAGCGGAGCCCCAGGCAGUCUCCUGGAGAGAAGCCCGAUCCAUGAGAGCCUCCAGAAGAUCCCUGCGCUGGCGAGCAAUAUGUUCUGUUUUCUUUAUGCUUUUCUGCGUAAUCUGUUUAAUCACUUUGCUAUCUGUUUCCCAAGCACAGGCUAACCCAGAUUCUAAAAAGGAAGCUGGCAAUGCCACCAGCCCUGAGAUGAAUAACCCACUGCUCGAGGCACCUCCAUUUAUCCAGGCUGUUUAUACAGAAGCUGGAUACAAUAAGACUAGUAAUCAAACUCUGGGAGAUUUUCUUAAUGUUUGGUCAAGGAACGGAUCUCACCAGGGAGCUGCAGUCCCGCCGGUAAAGGCUGACCGGUUAAGCGUGAGUAAUCUUGAAAAACAGGAAAUAAUCAUGGGGCAUACGCUGACUAAAAAUGAGAGCAUGCUGGUUACCAUGUUACAUAGAAUGUUGCUCAAUUCAGGACUUCAUACUUCUAAGAAAGAUUUAGAGCACUUUGCUAUGUUUAUUCAAAAGAUAAGCCCUUGGUUCUUGAAUGAGGGGUCCUUGACCUUAGGAGAAUGGAAAAAACUUGGUCGAGAAAUGCGAAAAUAUGUACAGGAAAAUGGAGAAAAGACCCUGCCUCCUCAAGCCUUCCCUUUAUGGUUGCAUAUUAGAGAAAUAUUGACUGAAGGCACCCCUUUUCAGGGCCUUUGUCGAGAAACAGCUUCUGAGACUGAGGAACCGGUAUAUGCUGAGGUGGCUUUCGAGGAAGGUACCUCGGAAGAAUUAAAACCAUUACAAACGGGAAAACACUGCAGACGUAAAGAAUCGUCUCCUGAGAAUGAUGAUGAUGAUGUCUAUUUAGAUGAUGAGAUGGCAAAGGAGGAUUGGGAAGAUGAUUUUAGAGAUCAUACUGACCCUCCUCCCUCCUAUAUUACAAUGGUAAAAGAGAAAAAACCAGUCCCAAAGCCUCGAAAAUACCCUCCCUUGGUCCCUAUGGGAUUUCAAGGGGCUAUGGCUGAAGCAAGGAGAACCGGAGAUACUACCUUUGGUAUAUUCCCGGUCACAGAAGUUUGGGACGAGGAACCUAUGUGGGAACCUUUGCCCCUUAAAACUCUUAAAGAGCUGCAACAGGCUGUAAAGAUGUCUGGACCAUCUGCACCUUUUACCUUGCAGAUCGUAGAAAUGGUGGCCAGUUCUUGGCUAACUCCCUAUGACUGGCUACAGACUGCUAAGGCCACACUCUCUCCUGGAGAUUAUAUUCUCUGGAGAACUGAAUAUGAGGACAGAUGCAAAGAGACCAUUGUAGACUCCAUCAAAAAACGAGGCCCCAAGCCCACAAUGGCCAUGCUUAUGGGCACAGGAGAAUAUGCCACCCCUCAGUCUCAGACUAAAAUACCUCGAGAUAUUUUGCAAAUAAUAACUACUAAUGCUGUUCAAGCAUGGAGGCGGAUUCCUCCUUCAGGAACCAAGGGAGGAGCAUUGGCUAAUAUAAAGCAGGGAACAGAAGAAACUUAUCAGGAGUUUAUAGCCCGGUUAGAGGAGGCUAUUAAUAGAAUGAUGCCUCCUUCUGAGGGCACUGAUAUUCUCCUCAAACAAUUAGCUUGGGAAAAUGCCAAUGCUCUAUGUCAGGAUUUAAUUAGACCAAUCAGAAAAACUGGUAACCUGCAAGAUUAUAUAAAAGCAUGUCAGGACGCCUCACCAGCAGUAGUGCAAGGAAUGGCCUAUGCUGCAGCCAUGAAAGGACAAAAGUUCAGCUCAUAUGUGAAACAGACAUAUGGAGGGGGUAAAAGACCUUCCUCCCCACUUACUUGCUUUUCCUGUGGAAUGGAAGGACAUAUCCAGAAAAAUUGUCCAAAGAAUGAUAGGCAUAAAGGACAAAAAGGAACCCCAGGUUUGUGUCCUAGAUGUAGGAAAGGAAAACAUUGGAAAAGUGAGUGCAAAUCUAAGUUCCGGAAAGAUGGAACCCCUCUUAGCGAGGAAGAAGAAAAAGAGACAAAAAACUGGUAG